AUGUCAAAUAAUAUGUGCUUUCAGGUUCGAGGUGCACCGGCGAUCGCUAUUGUCGGAUGUCUCAGUUUGGCUGCCGAAAUUGACGGCGAAAUAUUCACUGAUAAGAAGAUUCUUCGCCAAGAAAUCGAGGGCAAGUUAAAUUAUUUAGUUUCUGCCAGACCUACUGCUGUGAACAUCAAGCUCGCUGCUCAAGACUUGAUAAGUCUCGCUAAUAAAUUAAGCGAGGACAAUGAAGUUUCAGCUACAAAGAUGAAGGACGAAUUUUUAACGACGAUAGACACAAUGCUAGGGAAAGAUAUUGCAGAUAAUAAUUCUAUUGGCGAGUAUGGAGCAGAAGAAAUUCUGAAAACAGUUCCAAAUGAUGCGAUGGUCAGAGUUCUUACACAUUGCAAUACCGGGAGUCUUGCAACCGCCGGAUAUGGAACUGCCCUGGGUGUAAUUAGAUGUCUUCGCGGUCAGGGAAGAAUCGAACACGUUUAUUGUACAGAAACUAGACCUUACAAUCAAGGUGCAAGAUUAACUGCUUACGAAUUGGUUCACGAUAAUAUCCCAGGUACUCUUAUUUGCGAUGACAUGGUAGCAGCACUGAUGAAAUCCAGGACUAUCAAUGCAGUUGUCGUUGGAGCCGACAGAGUCGUUGCUAACGGUGACACUGCUAACAAAAUAGGAACAUAUCAGAUAGCAAUUAUUGCGAAAUAUCAUGGCGUUCCAUUCUAUGUAGCAGCGCCUUGCACCUCUAUAGAUUUCAGCACGACCAGUGGUGAUCAUAUUAAAAUCGAAGAGAGGCCCGAAGAAGAAAUGACGCACAUCAAUAACCAAAGAAUCGCAGCUCCUGGAAUUCAAUGCUGGAAUCCCGCUUUUGACGUAACACCAGCUGAGCUUAUUGCAGGCAUAAUUACCGAAAGGGGAGUGUAUAAGCCAGACAAUCUGGCAGGCUUGAAAGAAUAUUGUCGGAACGCAGUAAACGAGUUGAAAUUUUGAAUCUUCACGAACACGUCACACGCACUUUUCUACAAUGUAAUACGUUUGGCUACUUUUUAUACUAUUCUUGCAUAGUGUUUACCUAGCACUUGUCUUAUAAUCUUUUGUAAUGAGUAUUGAGACAAUGUAAUGCUAUUGAUUUCUGGACAGAUCAUGUUGAAAACGGAUAUGCUCCUACUUUCGGUUGGUGAUAAAACAGAAUUGUUAAAGUAAUAUGAUUCUUAACGAAGUUUCGUUAUCGAUUGGAGAUACUACUUAUGACACUCAUGUUUCGUAUUACGUAUAAAGGUGCCAUUCAUUUUCUAACGAGACGAUACCAUUUUUUUCUUGUGUGAUCAGUGACAGCAUAUUUUUUUAAUGAAAGGGGAAAAAUAUGAUCUAAUGGAAAUUAGCAUCAAGAAAAAAUAAGUUGUCAGUUAUUCAAUAUCUGCAACUUAAUUUUUAUGAACUGUAUAGCAAAUAAUGAAUGAUGAACCUUCAAAUGAUAUUUACAGUUCGUACAAAUACAAUUUAAGCUAAAAAAUCAAAAUGGCGGUAUCAAUCACGGAAUUAUUUAAUGUAGACUGAUCAUGUUGGUAUUUUGCAGUAAGAUUUUUUGAAAGUUUUACAAAACAUGUAAUGUUGCAAUCUCAAAAGUUCUCUAAUCUUUUUAGGGAAAUAUGGAGUACUCAUAUUCAGCUUAAGACAACGAGUAAUGAAUAUCAUUUAAAUUAAGUAAUUUCUAUCAAUCAAUAGUGAUCCGACUUACAGACGUUAAUUUUUUUACGUACAGUGCUACAUUGUGGAUGAAUAUGAAUAUUGUGGGCUUCUAUAUUUAUGUUUUAAUUGAAAAAAGUUCGAUAUUUGGAAACGUAUCACGCAAAUGAACACAUUGCAAAUGCAAAAGGAAUAAAAUAAAAUGUAGGAACGUAUGUAUUAUGGAAGAUAGGGUGCAAGGCCUUUCAUAAUGAAUUUGUACAAAAAUGUUGGCUUUUUACUAUUAACCUCCAUAUUUACUUUUAUCUAGAAGGCCUGAUGUGUUGUAUACUGUAAUUAAUUGCGAUGAGAGACGAGACUUCGAUUAUGCGAAAUAUACUGUAUUCACCU